AUGAAGUUCUCCACUGCCAUCGUUUCCGCCCUUGCGGCCGUUGUCUCUGCUGCCCCUACCAAGGAGGUUGCUCCCCGCGGCAUCUUUGAUGCUUCCCAGUUCAACAACUUCCAGUUCAACAACCUGGACCUGAACUACCUGAGCGUCGUCAACGGCCUCGACUUCAACAUCCUGCAGCAGCUCGCCUCUGUCAACAACUUCAACAUCAACGGAUUCCAGAACGUCUUCGCCGGAAACGUCUUCGACAUCAACGCCCUGCUCCAGCUUCAGCAGAUCCAGCAGCUGAUCCAGCUCCAGCAACUCGGUGUCUUGGGCGGCUUUGACCUCAGCACCUUGGCCCUUAACAACGUCAACUUUGGCCUCAUCAACGCCGUUGGUGGUAUCGACUUGACGCAAUUCAUCGACUCGUCUCUGAUCCCCCAGAUCCAGACCAUCGUCCAACAACAGGUUACUACUGUCAUCAAGGAAUAG